AUGCUAUAUGUUUAGGAAAGCAGUGGUUACAGGAAAUCUGUACGAAAUAGUUUAUCUUCCAGUCGAAAUCAAUCAAAGAAGAAAAAAACUAGUUAAUAAUGUGAAGAUAUUUUACUUAAUAUCAAUUCUAUGAUGAAUAGAUUAGAUUACUUGCAGUAGGCAAUUGAAAAUAGAAAUCAAGAGACUAGAGCUUAGAUAAAGAAAUACAUACCUCAAAACUAUUAAAAUAAGGGAGUGCAAAAUUUAAAUAAUUACUUCUAAGAAACUUAAUUUACAGAAGAUAAAGAAAAUAAUUUAGAAAAGCUGAAUUGUUAUCAUUUGAUGAAGAAAUUUGAAACACAAAAAAAUCAUCAUUAACCUAGAUCUGAGUUUUCUCGAAGAAGAUCAUUUGCUAAUUGA